AUGACGCUAUCAGGAGACUCUGUAGCUCAGGCUGCCGAAGCAUCGGCCAACAACGGUGUCAGCGAUGGCAACAAGAAGCGCCCUUACCUUCUCUUCUGCGCGGCGCCUGCAACAGGACACACGUAUCCCCUCCUUCAGGUCGCCGAUGAGAUGAUUCAACGCGGCUUCGAGGGUACAUUCAUUGCCGGCGAAGAGUUCCACCCUCAGGUCAAGCGCAUCGGCGCCCAGCACGUUGCGAUCCCGCCCAUGCUGGACCCUGAGAUGGAAGCUAUUCGCGAAAAGGUCCCCGUUGGCAUCCCUCGUCUCAUGUUCGACCUCAGCAACGUCUUCAUCAGGUCUGUUACACCUCACUUCCAUGUCCUGAUGGAGACGCUCGAGAAGAUCCGUGUCGAGCACCCCAACAAGCAAGUUGUCAUCGUCCACGAGACGUUCUACAUGGGCCUUGCUCCGAUGAUGUACGGCACACCUUUGCCCAAGGGGUACACCACAAGACCGCCCGUUGUCGACAUUAACAUUGUCCCCGUCGUGACCACGAGCAUCGACACCGCGCCGUUCGGGCCCGGUCUUCCUCCUGACUCAACCGAGUCAGGCCGGGGCCGCAACAAGCUCCUCAACGAGAUGUUCUUCAGCCCGAUGGGUCCCUUUGGUGCGGCAGCAAAGGAGUACAACGACGUUGUCAAGUCGCUCGGCGGUACACGCGAGUUGCCGCCUGCCUUGUUCGAAUCAUGGCAGACCAGCUAUGACGUUACCCUGCAAAUGUGCUCGCCCAGCCUCGAAUACCCCAGAUCGGAUCUCCCCGACGCCAUCAAGUACGCGGGAUGUCUGCCGCCUAAGCCCAUCGACCCGAAUUACAAGUACCCAGAAUGGUGGGCCGAGAUCACGGCCGGGAACAAGAAGAUUGUGGGAGUUGCACAGGGCACCAUCGCCACCAACUACACGGAUCUCAUCAUCCCUACGAUACAAGGCCUAGCUCACCGCGACGACAUCAUCCUCGUCGCCAUCCUGGGUGUCAAGGGCGCCACUUUGCCCGAGGAACUUACGAUUCCGGCCAACACAAAGGUCAUCGACUUCCUCUCGUACGACGCUCUGCUCAAGCACGCAGAUGUUUGGGUUCUCAAUGCCGGGUAUGGAGGGUUCCUGCAUGGCGUCGUUAAUGGCGUGCCUAUGGUGCUUGGAGGGGAUACGGAAGACAAGCCCGAGAUUGCUAUGCGAGGUCAGUGGACAGGAAUUGCUUUCAACCUCAAGACUGGUCGCCCUACAUCAGAGCAGGUUGCUGAGGGAGUCGAUGAGGUGCUUGCCAACGACAAGUACAAGAAGCGGGUGAUGGAGAUCAAGAAGGAGAAUGAGGACAUGAAGGCCCUUGACUGCGUAGAGAAGCACAUCUGGGAUUACGCAGAUUCGGCAUAG